GUGGUUUAGAUUGAGAACAUUAACCGGUCACUUUAUCAUUUUACCAAGGUGGAUAUAUAUAUAUAUGUUCUAUGUCACUACUCUAUAAUAUCUUAUCAAUGAAAUACAAAUAAUUAUAAUCUUAGUCAGAUAAUGAGAAGUGACUAGGUACAACAAAUUAUUAUUCGUAUUUCGUAAUAUUCGUAAGUUCAAAGGCUGACAAAGUUGUACUUUUACGUAGUAAACAAUUUAUUUCGAUUUGUUUAUUGUUAAGUGAAUUAUUCAAAUAUUACGACUAGGAGAUAGAAAUAAAUAUUUAAGUAUUAUUUUGAAAAAUGUCUCAAUUAGAUAAAAUUGUAGCAGCGUAUCGUAUAGCUACGCAAUACCCGGCAAUAAUAUCUGCUAGAAUACUUGAUUGCUCAAAAACUUCUGUAAACGUUCAUUCUGUUUGGGUUCAAAGGGUAUUGGAGAGGCAAGCUAAAACCAGGUUCCGGCAAACUGUCUUUUCAGAUUAUAAGACUUACACUUUAACGUCACCACCUACUGAUAUAACAAACGAGUUGAUAAGCGCGCACUCAAAAUCAACCAAGUAUUUUUGUGUGGUUAGAGAAAUCGAAUCUGGAAAGGAUAUCAAACAGUACUUAGAAGUAUGGGCAGAUUGUUCUCUGGUAAAAAAUUAUGAUUUGAGCGCUUUAGAUGUGCAUGGAAAAAUUUAUGCUGAUGCUGAAUUUGGAACUUUGGAGUGGUCUCCUGAUGAGACAAAAAUUGUUUAUAUUGCUGAGAAAAAAGUCCCAAAGUCAGAACCAUUUUAUAAACAAAAACCUAAAGCGUCGGCCGAUAAAGACGGUGUAGAUAAUAGUGACACUGUGCCGGGUAAAGAAUAUGAUUGGAGCCAAGAUUGGGGUGAACAGUUGGUAGGAAAGAUUACUCCAGUUUUGGUGGUAUGUGAUAUAAAAACAGAUACUAUAGAUGUUCUUUCAAAUAUUCCAAAUGAUGUUAAUCCUGCUGCUGCAACAUGGACACCUGAUGGAAAAGGAGUCGUGGCAAUUGGAUAUUCAAUAACACCUCGUAAAUUGGGUCUAAUUUACUGUACUAAUCGUCCCAGCCAUGUAUUUUCUCUUACAUUAAGUGGUCAAUAUAAUGUAUUGAGUUCCAAUUCAGAACAAUUGUCUGUGAAAACUCCCAGGUUCAAUUUGAAUGGCACAAAGCUUGUGUGGUUAGAACGCUUAGCAGGUGGACCUCAUCAUUCAUGCUUUAAAUUGAUGUCUUGUAAUUGGUCUACAAAAAAGAUUACUACAGUUGUUGAUUUUGACACUAAAAUACUUCAAGUCAACGAUGAACAAUUACCAUUCUAUGGCCUGUAUAAUCAAGGAAUACCAAGUAGAAGUUGGCUGAAUGAUGACAAAACUAUUGUGUUAAGCACUCCUCAGGGAGGCUCUAUACAUACAUUUGCUAUUGAUACUGAAUCUAAAGAUAUCCAUUAUCUUCCAAUCACAAAACCGUUUCAUGAAUGUGUUAGUGUAUUAGAUGUUUGCAAUGAUGUUUUAGUUUGUUAUAAAUCAUCGCUUAAUAAGCCUGGACAAUUAUUUGCUAUCAAAUUUCUUUCUACGUUUGAAGCAUAUGAUUUUACCAAUAUUUCCAUUAACGAAAUUUCGCCAUCUCAUUGUCUUCCUAAUAGUGACAACUUUGUUGUUGAGCAUGGUUAUACUCUUUACAAUAAACCUACUACAAUUUUCUAUGGACCAAAAAAUAGUAAUUGCCCUUUAAUUAUAUGGCCUCAUGGUGGCCCUCAUUCGUCGUCUUUGGACUCUUUUAUAGCUCAAGCUGCAUUCUUUAUUCAAAUAGGUUUUGCUGUUUUAUUUAUCAAUUACAGAGGAUCAACAGGCCUAGGUAAAGAUUAUGUUGAAUCAUUACUUGGUAACAUAGGCGAUGCCGAUGUCAAAGAUGUUUAUAAUGCAGUUCAAUCCAAUCCUAUGUGGUCCAAUAGGAAAUUGGUGUUAUAUGGUGGUUCACAUGGUGGUUUUUUGGUUACACAAUUAAGUGGACAGUAUCCAAAUACAUUUAAAGCUGUAUCAAUGAGAAAUCCUUGUAUUGAUUUACUAUCGCUUUUCAUUACUUCUGAUUUACCAGAUUGGGAUAUUACAGAAGGUGGUUAUAAUUACUCUGAAGUAGAUAGCUUGGCGAAUUCCAAAGACGUUUUAAUGAAAUUAGCUGAUUGUUCGCCGUGCAAAAACGUUCAUAAAGUUCAAGCUCCUACACUUUUAUUGCUGGGUGAAAAAGAUUUACGUGUUCCUGCGUCCCAAGGUCUUGCAUAUUACCAUCUUCUUAAGAAGCACGGUGUUACAGCUAGAGUGUUGAUGUACAAUGACUGCCAUCCAUUAAGCACUGUUGCUGCUGACAUGGAUAGUUCAAUAAACACUGCAUUAUGGUUUAAAAAAUAUACAAGCGAUGAUUCAGAAUAAUCAUACUAGUAUAGUACAGCUAUAUAUAAUAUUAUCCAUGUGUCCAUUUAUAUAAUAUUGUCUAUAACUGUUCCGCAUAAGCUGCCAAAUGAAAAUACUAAUUAUUUUAGAGCACAAUUUUUAAUAAUAAGAAGAAUGUGAUUAAAUUCAAUGUACCUAUAUCAUUAUUUAUAAAUAAAGUAGUCCAAAUAUUUUCUUAUCAUUUUAUAUUUCAACUGAUAAAUAAUUUAUUAUCUUUACUUUUCUUAACGAUUGAAAGAAAAAUUACAAGUUAAUUAUUUGUCAUAACUCAUAAUUAUAUUUUUCACUAAUCGAAAAAAAAACCACAACUUUAUUUUUUUAAAUAUUUAAUUUGUUGAUGACGACGACGUUUAUAAUAACAAAAUAACUACAUAAUAUUAUAUAGUCUUAUAACUUUAAUGUAUCAAUGUAUGUAAUAAAUUUCAAUUACUACUAGUACCUAAUUAA